GUUACUGGAUAUGCUAUCCGUCUUCAAGUUCGUGGAUUUCAGGACUACUAACUACAAAAUUAGUAUCGGAAUAACUUUUUUAAAAAGAGCGUUUUCUGAGCCUUGUAGUUUUACAUACCUUUAUAUUAAUACAUAUCUCCCGAACAGCUGGACAGACUGUACAAUGGGACUACCAAAACUAGUAUGGGGUAAAGUAUAAGUACAUUGGUAACUUAGCUGGUUUUCUACGUUAUAUUAGCUAGCUAGCUGUAGUGAGGAUAUAGCUGUUGCUAAGCAAAUUCCACCACGCACACUUCAACCCAAUCCUCAAAUUAAGAUAACGUUAUGCCUCCCAGUAAACGCUCGCGUAGAGAAGAUGCCACGGUGGAGCUUGUUUGCGAAUGGGGAUCGUGUCAAGCUGCGUUCAGUAGGAUGCAGGAAUUCUGCGAACAUGUGGAAAAACAUCUUCAAUCCCUGCGACUGGAGGACGAGGAGCUGGAAACCCUGGCCGAGGAGCAGAGCUGCUUGUGGCGGGAGUGCGGCUUCUGCUCGGUGGAGAGUCCAGGGGAGCUCUUGAGGCACGUGUACUUCCACUGCUACCACACCAAGCUGAAACAGUGGGGGCGGAACGUGCUGCAGAGUCAGCCCGAGCUGGGCUCUUGUGUGCUGGGCCUCCAGAAUCGAAACAUCGUCCCGGACAUCACCGACAACUUCGUCUGUCAGUGGGAGAACUGCGAGACAUCCCUGGAUAACCCGGAGUGGUUUUACCGGCACGUGGAGAUGCACGGCAUGUGCAUGGAUAUGAAGUCCAACGGCAAAGAGGAGAGUGUGGUGCGCUGUGGGUGGAAGGACUGCGAGGCGACCUUCAAGGCCCGGUUCAAGCUGCGUGAGCAUCUGCGCAGUCACACGCAGGAGAAGGUGGUGGCCUGCCCGGUCUGCGGGGGCAUGUUUGCCAACAACACCAAGUUCUUCGACCACAUCCGCCGGCAGACCACCAUCGAGGGCCAGCGGUUCCAGUGCUCUCACUGUUCCAAGCGAUUCGCCACAGAGCGGCUACUGCGGGACCACAUGAGGAACCACGUGAACCAUUAUAAAUGUCCGCUGUGUGACAUGACCUGUCCCUCUCCAUCCUCUCUGCGCAACCACAUCAAGUUCCGCCACAGCAAUGAGAAGCCAUACAGCUGUGAAUACUGCGAGUACAGCUGCAAGAACCUGAUCGACCUGCGCAAACACCUGGACACGCACAGCAGCGAGCCAACCUACCGCUGUGACAUCUCGGAGUGUGACUACUCCACACGCUCCCUCCACUCCAUCAAGAACCACUACAAGAAGGCCCACGAGGGAGAUUUCAUUCCCCGUUACAAGUGCCAUGUGUGUGACCAGUGCUUUACCAGGGGCAACAAUCUCACCUCUCACCUCCGUAAGAAGCACCACUUUAAAUGGCCCUCAGGGCACCCCAGAUUCAGGUACAAGGAACACGAGGACGGUUUCAUGCGGCUGCAGCUGAUUCGCUACGAGAGCGUGGAGCUGACGGAGCAGCUAAUGGAGAGGCAGGAGGGCGGGGACAGGGGCGGGGCUGGGGACAAAGGCCUGGGCGGGGACACGGACUCCCAGACGGAGUCCCAGGCAGAGUCCCAGGCGGACUGCCCCACGCCGGGGGCGGGAGGUGACGCGGGCGUGGCGGAGCUGAGGGGCAUCGUGCUGGACGGCGUGCAGGCGGACGGGAGUGGCCUGGGGCCCGUCCUCCACGUGGAGAGCGGGACCAACGAGCAGGGCGAGAACGUGUUCUACGUGCUGGCCAGCGCCAGCCCCACCCAGGCGCUCCUCCUCCCGCCCUCCGGCCCUGAGGACGCGGGGCCCAGGGCGGACAGCGUCAUGAUGCAGCUCCAGGACACUGCGCAGGAGCUGGGCAUGGAGGUGGUUUAACCCCGCCGGGAUGCCCACGCCCACGCCACGCCCUUCCCUGAGACUGGGUGGAGCCGGGAGGAAACGGGCGAGCGCGCCCCGGAGGUUUUGUCGGGUUUGCACAGACGAGCGUACCUCCCGCACGAGCGUAACUGUGGCACUGAGGGAGUGGUGGAGUCAGUGGUGUUUCUCUCUCUCUCUCUGCUUCGGCCGUCAAUGAAGACCCCGACAUUCUGGACCAGAAAUGUGUUUAUUUAUUUAUUCCUCUCCAGGCCAACACAAGCUUUGCAUAGAGGCCGUUUUCCACAUUUUUUUAUGCAGCUACCAUGGUGUCUUGAUUGUACUCGGUCAUGAACAUGGUACGGCACGAGAGAUGUGACUGAGAUGAGCACAGACAUGACUGAGCCACUGGCCUUACAGAAAUAAAGCAAGGGAACGUUUGCUUUCUAUUUAAAUGCGACCUUUUUAAAAAAGAUAAAUGGCUGUAUUUUGUGUGUAAAUAUUUAUUUUUGUGAGGAAUUAUGUGGCUAAAUACUGGCCUGUCGGUGUGUCCAAAAAAUGCAGAAUGGACGUCAAACAGGCCUCCUACAGGACACAAAGUGCGGUAAAAUGUUUAUUUUUCAAGUCUAACUUGAAUCUUAUGUAAAGCUGACGGUUUAUUCUGAUGUAUUUUAAGCAGCCUUUGAAAUGGUAUCCCUCAGAGUAAAUGAAUGAAGAAAUGCUAUGUAAUGGUGAAAUAAGUUUUACCACUAAAUGGCAAAAGGGGGCAUUAUUAAUUGUGCUUAACAAUGCCUGGUCUUUGGUUUUGUGUUGUUGUUUUUAAGGGUGCCCAUACGCUAAUAAUUAUGUUUUCGGUUAACUUGGUUUCAACUUCAACGAAAGAGCCGACGAUGAUGGAUGCUGCGGUUGUGUCGGAAUGAGAACCUGAGCUGUGAUCGGUGACCUCUGCUGGCUGGAGUUUGACACUGCAGUUACUCGUCAGCCCUGUGAAGGCAGGCGCACGGGCCGUUUUUCCCUGCCAGCCUUGAGCAUUCUGCCAUUCCUUUGCAGUGUACUGUGAA